AUGAAAAUCACCAUGCCAUCUUUACCUCCUUCUUCUUCUUCUUCACUUGCUUCGACGAGUUUGAGCAACAGACUUGAGACCAUCUUCAAGAAAGCUGAACAGCUUUCCAUUCUCUGUGACACUGAGGUCUGCGUCAUCCAUUACGAACCAGGAGGAGAGCUUCAGACAUGGCCUAAGGAGAGAGAGAAAGUAAGAGACAUGGCUCUGAGGUAUAGUCAACUAAACCAAGCCUUGAGACGCAAGAAAAGAGUUGAUCUUUCUGAGUUCCUGAACGAGAAAAAGCAAAAGGGUUUGGAGAAUCUGAACAAGAAGAGGAAGACAACGAGUCUUGAGAAGAAGCCGGUGGAUAUAUUAAAGUAUCCAAUCUCUGAUCAUUACUCUCCCUACCAAAUCUCCAAACUGAUUCAGUCUUUGGAACUCAAUGUCUCUAAAUUACAAGAACGGCUUCGCUCUGUUGAGUUGCAGAAGAAACACAGACAGAGUUUAGCUUCAUCCUCAUCCUAUCUCAAUCAUCAGACCAAAUCUUUGAACCCUAGCCAGUUCUCGCUAUUCAUGUACAACCAUGGAGAUAAUACUCUCUCUCAGAUCCCAGUCUCUGCGUCAAAUCUCAAACAGGAUUUCUCAGCGUUACUUCAAGAAUCUCAGUUGAAGAAUCAAAAAGUAAAGCAGGAGCUUUGUGGUUAUGAUCAGAACAUAAACAUAAGUGACAUCACCAACAAUAACAGCUUUCAACAUCCUUGCGUCUCAAACAAAGAAUCUGUGAAAAACUUUGGGUCGAUGAAUCAGUUGAUGCAGAAGGAGUUUUAUGGUGGUGAUCAAAACUUGUAUACGAGUGAUAUCACCAACAGCAACGUUCCAGAUCCUAGUCUCUCAAACACAGUUUCAUAUGAGUUCUGUUCUGACACUUGUGGUAAUAAUAUGGUCGGCAACACUAGCUUCUCUCAAGAUAUUACAGAUAUGUCUUCAACCUAUGAUUUUAACUUUGAUGAGAGCAGUCUACUGCAGAAAUCUAAUCUGCCAUCUGCCUCCACCAUUCCUGACAGCUACCUUCUUUCCAACAACAUGGGUAACUUCAACAGCAACAGCUUUCAGCAGCUUUCGAGGUUUUUCUGAUAACAAACCGUCAAUAGAGUAGUGAAAAGCAUAUGUAUUUGUUUAAGACAAUUGUUAAAACUUAGGAACAUCUUGUUGUAAGAAUUUAUGGUGUCGUUGUUGGUAUAAUCUUA